AGAGAGAGAGAGACAGAGAGAGAAAGAGUGAGAAAGGGAGAGACAGGGAGAGAGAGAGAGAGAGAGAGGGACGGCCGCUGGACUCCAUUAGCUUAAACCCUCAGGAGGUCUUAGUUUUGAGGGACUUUAGCUGGACCAAUCCUUUUGGAAAUUUUCUCCAUGAUAGAAUUGAACACAUGAUUUAAAGAAGAGAAACAAAGAAGGAAGAGAAGAAAGAGAAAAGUGUUCAGUUCUCGUAACGUUGGAAGUUGAAGUGGCACUUGUGGAUUUGGUUUAGCGUGCUGGUGAAGUCUGUUUUGAAAGGAUGGCGCUGGAUGGUAUACGGAUGCCCGAUGGCUGCUAUGCCGAUGGGACUUGGGAACUGAAGAUGCAUGUGACUGACCUCAACAAGGACGUGUCUUUGAGAGUCACCGGUGAAAUUCAUAUCGGCGGAGUAAUGCUGAAGCUUGUCGAGAAACUUGAUGUGAAGAAGGAUUGGUCAGACCAUGCGUUGUGGUGGGAAAAGAAGAAAACAUGGCUGUUGAAGACCCAUUGGACACUGGAUAAAUAUGGGAUUCAGGCUGACGCCAGGCUGCUCUUCACACCUCAGCACAAGGUACUGCGCCUGCAGCUGCCCAAUAUGAAACACAUGAAGGUCAAGGUGAACUUCUCUGACCGCGUCUUCAAGGCUGUGUCUGACAUCUGCAAAACUUUCAAUAUCCGCCACCCUGAGGAGCUGUCUCUGCUGCGCAAGCCCCGUGACCCCAAGAAGAAGAAGAAAAAGCUGGAGGAGUCUGAGGAGGAGGCUCUGGAGUUGGAAGGCCCUCUGCUUACUCCUGGAUCAGCAUCUGAGAUAAUAUACAUCGGACCUGUGAAAGGGAGCAUCUACUCCAGUCCUGGCCUCUACAGUAAGACCAUGACUCCAACCUAUGAUUCUCGAGAUGGCAGCCCACUUUCCCCCACUUCAGCCUGGUUUGGGGACAGUCCCUUAUCUGAGGGUAAUCCCAGCAUCCUCGCUGUCAGUCAGCCCAUCUCCUCACCCGACAUACUGGUGAAGCUCUACAAACCACCGUCUCUUCUGGAUAAGGCCAAGAUCAAUCAGGGGUGGCUGGACUCCUCCAGGUCUCUCAUGGAGCAAGAUGUGAAGGAGAAUGAUGUUCUUCUUUUGCGGUUCAAAUACCAUAGUUUUUUCGACCUUAAUCCUAAGUAUGAUGCCAUCCGGGUGAACCAGCUGUAUGAGCAGGCCAAAUGGGCCAUCCUGCUGGAAGAAAUCGAGUGUACUGAGGAGGAGAUGAUGAUGUUUGCUGCUUUGCAGUAUCACAUCAACAAGCUGUCUAUCAUGUCUUCGGACAAUCACAUGAACAACAGUGAGAAGGAGGUGGAUGAGGUGGACGCUGCACUAUCCGACCUGGAAAUCACCCUGGAGGGAGGAAAGACUUCCAACACUCUGGGUGAUAUUACAUCCAUUCCUGAACUGGCUGACUAUGUUAAAGUCUUCAAGCCAAAGAAACUGACACUGAAAGGGCCCAAGCAGUACUGGUGCACAUUCAAGGACAUCACAAUCUCCUGCUACAAGAGCCGUGAGGAGGCGCAUGGGAUACCUGCCCACCAAAUGAACCUGAGAGGCUGUGAGGUGACACCAGAUGUUAAUAUUUCUGGUCAGAAGUUCAACAUCAAGUUGCUAAUCCCAGUGGCGGAUGGCAUGAAUGAGAUCUGGCUCCGAUGUGACACUGAGAAGCAGUAUGCGCAGUGGAUGGCAGCCUGUCGCCUGGCCUCCAAGGGAAAGACAAUGGCAGACAGCUCCUACAACCUGGAGGUCCAGAACAUUCUGUCUUUCCUAAAGAUGCAACAUAUGAACCCUGACCCGCAGAUCAUCGAGCCUAUUACCACUGAUAUCAAUCCUGAGUGUCUGGUGUCACCACGGUAUCUGAAGAAAUACAAGAACAAACAGCCAGGCUAUAUCAGGGACCUGAUCUCUGCUCGUAUCCUGGAGGCCCAUCAGAACGUGGCCCAGAUGAGUCUGAUUGAAGCCAAGAUGCGCUUCAUCCAGGCCUGGCAGUCGCUGCCAGAGUUUGGGAUCACUCAUUUCCUGGCCAAAUUCCAAGGGAGUAAGAGAGAGGAGCUGAUUGGCAUCACAUACAACAGACUGAUACGCAUAGAUGCCAGCACCAGAGAUGCCAUCAAGACCUGGCGGUUCAGCAACAUGAAACAGUGGAACGUCAACUGGGAGAUCAAGAUGGUUACAGUAGAGUUUGCGGAUGAGCCCAGUCUGUCGUUCAUCUGUGCAGAAGUGGACUGCAAGGUGGUGCAUGAGUUCAUCGGUGGCUACAUUUUCCUAUCCACGCGUGCCAAGGACCAGAACGAGUCUCUAGACGAGGAGAUGUUCUACAAGCUCACCAGUGGCUGGGUCUGAGAGCUGCUCUCCACCCAACAGAAAGGGAUGGGGUGAUGAGGGGAAGGAGAUGUCUGGGUCUUUCUGUUCUUGUAUUCUUUUCUUAUCUUUUUUUUUUUGUUUGUUUUUUAAACCAUGCCAAGAGUCUGACAUGGCCACACAGUGAUUGUUUGAAAGCUGACAUCACCUUUUUAAUUAAAAAGUUUUAUUUUAUUUUUUUCUUGCAUUAACGCUGACAAACACAUUAAUAACACUAAUGAUGUGACUUUGAGGACGAGGAGAAUGUUCUCACUCCGCCCAAGGCUUCACCUCUUGCUGAGGCAUAUCUGAGAAUGCUUCCUGAAGUGAGCAGCUACUUUCACAGAGACUCCUGCCUGCUGGCAACCGGAAUGCUUGGUGUGUGUGUGUGUGCAGUCACUGCAGCGUCCGACACCCGUCACUGCCUUCCUGCCACCUGCUACUGCAGUGCCCGUGCAUCCUACAGGAGUGACAUCCAUGACCCUUUCACCUUUUGUGCUAAUAUUCAGGCUUUUCUCAGCAACAAAAGAAUCCAACAGUUUUUUUUCAGCACGCACUUGUUAUGUUUUGGUUGUAUUGUUGGGGAAUUGAGUGUUUUGGUUCUCUUGGUGCUCAUUUGUGUUGAUUAAUCCUCUGUAGUCCAUACGCCGCUUCACUGUGAUUUAACUUGCCAUCAAUUUCAUACCAUUUCCAUUGCAUUUAUUUUCCCUGACCAAUUAACACUACAGACAUUGUAAACAUAGUCUCGGUGGUGGUAGCAGCCACUUUAAUGAAGUAUCUUUGGCACUACGUUUAGUUUUUCUCAUUAUGAAGGAGGUUGAGAGUCUUGCAGGAUUAGGGCUGACACUCAAAACACUAAAGUCAAUCCCACAACAAGACUGUAGUUCUAUUUUAAUAUGGUCUGUCGACAUGAAGACAUUGCAAGCACUUCUACAGUGAAAGAAAGGUCCCGAUGUGAAUAAGCUGUAGUUUAUCGUGUAGCUUUUUUUUAAUUUCAUAUACUUUUUUAUUUAGUCUAAUAUGCUGUCCAGGGCCCUUUAAGUUAUGCGUUCAGUACUACAGCUGUUUGUGGAUGGCCUCUGGGCUUUCUCUACUAUAAAGAACAGUCACCGGUUUUAUUGUUACUAGAAGCAGUUUGCAAUGGACAGCAUAAACAAUAUGAUGAAGGCAACGUGAUGAAGAAAUAGCCCCAGUAUCCCAAAUGUGCUGUUCCUUCGAAAACUGUCCAGCGACUGUUCAGUUUGAAGUAUGUAAGGAUGACCUCAGCUGUGUUCUGGAGCCUGCUGGCUCUUACAAACAUUAAGCACCAUGAAGAGUUCGUUUCGUAUUCUCCGUGCGGCCUGCUUUUCUGCCUUUCACACUUUAUCCUAAACCAUAUAGUAUUAUCCAAAACUGUUAUAUUUUGUUAGGCACCAGCAAUAGGUCACUGUGUUUUAAGACAAUACAUGCAAUGUCCGUCUUUUUUUUUUUCUGAAUAUGAAGGAAUGCUAAAUGAAGUAUUAGUUUUUGUAACUAAUGUAAAAACACAGUUUUAUAGAAUUGUACAGUUAUUGUCGUUUAUGUUGCUGCUUUUUUCUGUCAUUUUUUGGAAGUGCAUUUUUCCAGAAGAGAAGGAAAAAAGCCAUCGUUUAGCAUUGUGUGGUAUGAUGUGUGCCUGCCAAUGUUAAGGUCUUACUGAGUUUUUAAGAGUCAAAUAUAUAUAAAUAUAUAUAAUGUGAUGAAGCAUGUCUCAAGCUCCAGGUCUGAAGAAUCUGUUGUAGAUCUAGCUGCAUAUUUCAUCACUUCCACAUUCAAGGGCUUUGCCAUUUUUUUUCUUUUUCAGCUUUAAAUUAAAUAUAGUAAAGAAAUGUUUAUUUCUGCGUCCUGCAGUAAAGUAUUGGCCAAGCUUGUUUUUUAAUGGUUUUGUUCCUGUUAGUAAACACACAUGAAGACGCUUCUAGCAGCUAUUUUCUUUGUGUCUUCUAUAGGAAAGUCAGGUUGUUGUUUUAUUAAUGGUGAUUUAAAAGCCAAAUGUUUGGAUGAAGGAAAACCUUCACACCCUGGAGUUUGAGACAAAUCGCCAUAAACUGAAGUAAAAGAACGGCUAGCUUAGCAUAUCUUUUCCUCCUAUAUUGUUUAUUUUUUU